CGACCAUGUAUAUUGUUUUUACCUACGUUCUUUUGAUGGAAUUUUGCGCCAUAAAACUCAGGGUUGUCGGAUCACAAGCAGGAACUGACACUCGGACGCACCAGGCCACGGACAUAAGAAGUGGUCUGUUUUCUGUUGACGAAUCUCAUUCUUUGAAUGUGCCUCGGGUUGGAAUAUUCUCGGUUUACGACGACAUUGAGUGUACCUUUAAAUGCCUUCAAAAUCCUUCUUGUCUUUCUAUGAAUCUGGCCCUGGGGAUAAGAUUAUGGUGCGAGCUUCUGUCAUCUGAUAAAUACAGCGUCCCCGAGGAAUUCCGAAAGAAUAAAAGUUCACAUCACUUUUACAUUGUGAAUAAAUGUGCUGAGAAUCCGUGCAAGAACAGCGCCACUUGUCAAAGUGGUUUCACUGACAAAGGAUAUCACUGUCUAUGUGAUGACAAUAACACUUUUCAUUUCAAUUCUACAUACUGGGAAGAUAAAAAAAAGUUUCACCUUCAAGGAGGCAAGACUGGGUUUGAUUCAAAUGAGACCAAGCUACCGACCUACUGGAGCACAUCCUUCUCCAAGAUCUGUCUUGGUAUGAGGAUCGCUGGACAACUCAGGUUUAUCGUCAUCAAUAAGAAGGCCGACUCUUUGUACUCACUGAUCGCUGAUGGAAAAUAUCGCGAUACAUCACUGGGGCGUAACAUGUGGAAGAAACUUACUGGUCCUUCUGCUUCUUUGCAGCCCAAUUGUAACAAGGAGGGAUUCAAUGCAGAUGCCUAUGAUGAUCCUAGGUUUAACAAAGACAAAUCCAAGGCAAGAAUUGGUAUCAUAGGUAAUGAACAGAAUAAUUGUAAAAGCUGCGAUUCGAGAAUUGGAUUCGGCACAGGAGGAUAUCCUCAGGAAGACAACACUUGCGGCAACGUUGUCAAACAUAAAGGAGAUCGUGGAGAUAGAAACAUUAAUGCUAUGGGUUAUAUAAUGGUGCAGUAA